UAAAUAGGAAGAAAAGAGCGAAGAAAACAAAAUGGUAAAAUGAAAUACGGAACGAAAGAAAGGCGGAGUAGAAAGAAUGAAUGAAACGGCCAAGAAAAAUAACAUUUACGACAUAGCACUUGAAAUGUUGUCCUUUAGUUAUUGUGUUAGAUUUAUAAGUGACAUAUUUAGUUUAUUCAAAUUACAUACUUGUGACUCAAAGCUGACCAUUUUCUAGAACGUAUGACAGUUAGCUACACUUUUACACAUGAAAGUAAUACCAUCACAGCCGCAGCAGCCGCAGUAACACCACUUCUGCACUCCACCCCCUCUAUCAUAAUGAUGCAUUUACUUUGCUUUAUUUUCUUCUGUAUUCGUUUAGGUUUACAAAUUCAAAUGAUUUUUGUGCACAUGUCUUUAAUAUUGAAUGUCUUUCCGAGUAUAAACUACAACGUCGCAGUGAGUGACAUUGGAGAGCAAAUCUCCGGUAAACUCGGCUCCAAAGAAAUCGUAUCGGUGCCAUUUAGGAGAAACUCGAGCUAAUAAGGGACAUAAUUGUUUAAAUUCUGUUUCCAUCGCAUUGAAAUGCUGAAAUUAAGGAAGAUGAUAUAAUUGUCAGGAUGGGAGAGGUUCCGAGUAUAAACUACGAGUGAUGCCUGCUUUUACCGUCUUGGUAGUGUUCUCAGUGAGAACGGGUAAAGGAAACUUGGUGAAAGCGCAACAGUUGUCGUCACUUUGUACUUAUUGCGAGUAUGCAUCCCAUCCCAGCACAUAGGAAUAAUAAUCGAACUCUUUUGUGUAAUGCUGUUCCAGUGGAUCCUGACCAAUACAUAAUUUCUUUUGAACCGAUCUUUCACCGGCACACCAUUAAUCAUAUCAGUACAGUGAUAUGUGAUCAACCCACUCAUAUUAACCAAAUUUGGGAAUGCGGUCAACAAAACUACGUUUGUGGAAAUGGCGAAUACCAAAUAUUAUGGGCAAUGUCAAAGGACGCUCCAGGAUGGCAUUUACCAAAAGAAUUCGCAAUCCCAGUAGGAUCUAAGAAGCGGUACCUUGUUGUGCAGGUCCACGCUCCACCAAAUAUGACACUUGAAAGUACCUCGUCCUUUAAUAGCACUGGAAUUCGGAUCGGACUCACUGACAGAAAACCUACCUAUCGGUCAGAUAUAGCCAUUUAUGGCAUUAUCGGAUAUAUUCCUGCUAAUACAAAAGACUUCACAGCAGACGCAUUUUGUCGAUGGCCAUUUGACAAUACGCUACUGCAUGGUUUAUCUAUCCAUUCUCACAAAAUGGCUACAGCAAUCACUGGUUAUAUUUAUCGAAAUAACCAGUUCAUCGAGCUACUCCGAGCAGACCCCUCUUACCCAGAAGUAACGAUCGACAUUUCUUCUCGGAAUAUAACAUUACAAAGCACCGAUAUUUUGAUAAUGCGCUGUACAUUAACCAACCCGAAUAGAUGGGAUGUUAAUUUUGGUAACGGCCAUUCGGACGAAAUGUGUGACAUGUAUUUCUUGUACGGUAUCAAAUUCGAUGCUUACAAGAAACAGAAACACGUCGUUUGUCCUGGAGACGCCCAGAAAUCAAGUUUGUAUAACAUUUUCGCACGUCUACCACAAGAAUCAACACUUCCAGAUAAAGAGGGCUAUAAAAAGUUGUUAUCGCCUUUUAAUGUUACGAAAACUGCGUAUAGGUACUAGAAUGCAUUUUUUUAGUAACAUGGAAAAGGUAGAUGAAAAACAAUUUACGAAAUGACUAUAGUGAGUAG